AUCAAUCUCUCAUACAACGGAGAUAUAUCAUUUUAGCUACCUGUCAAACGGAAAUGAAUAAUACCAAAUGUAAUUUCAUAGAUUCAAAGCUCGAAGAACAUCAUUAUCUUUGCGGAUCAAAACACUGUCCUGGAUGCGGCCGCAUGAUUCAAGCUGCUACUAAACCAAAUUGGGUUGGAUUGCCGGCGGGAGUAAAAUUCGAUCCGACGGAUCAAGAACUUAUAGAGCAUUUAGAAGCAAAAGUGAAGGGAAAAGAAGAAAAUAAGAAAUGGUCAUCGUCUCAUCCACUAAUAGAUGAGUUUAUCCCCACCAUUGAUGGUGAAGAUGGGAUAUGUUACACUCAUCCACAGAAGCUUCCAGGGGUAACAAGAGAUGGUUUAAGCAAACACUUCUUCCACAAACCAUCAAGAGCUUACACAACCGGAACAAGAAAACGACGCAAAAUCAUCCAAACCGAUCACGACUCCGAGUUAACCGGAUCAUCAUCAGAAACGAGAUGGCACAAAACCGGUAAAACAAGACCGGUUAUGAUCAACGGUCGACAAAGAGGAUGCAAGAAGAUUUUAGUACUCUACACAAACUUCGGCAAGAAUCGACGACCAGAAAAAACAAAUUGGGUGAUGCAUCAAUAUCAUUUAGGGAUUCAUGAAGAAGAAAGAGAAGGAGAGCUUGUCGUCUCUAAGAUCUUUUAUCAAACACAACCUAGACAGUGUAAUAUUAAUUGGUCGGAUCAGCAUGCUAGUUCCAAGGACUUGAUCGGAAUUGGAGCCGGAGAUGAGAUAUCCGGCGUUGCUGCGGCUUUGCAGAGUCUUGGCUCCGGUGACGUCGUUUCUAGGGUUAAUACGAAUCCCUUUACAAGAGACUUCGACGAGCAGCAGCAAUUAAGGAGUAGAUCGUCUGGUUCCGGAUUAGAAGACUUAAUUAUGGGUUGCACAGCUACUUGCACAGAUGACGAAAGUUCAGAAGCAAUUCCACAGCAAAAUGCAGACUGGUUAACGUUUCCACCAUUCUGG